AUGUUCGCGGCCUACACAGAGAUGGGGGCUUCCAACAUCCUUUACACAGACAUCCUGGCAGGCUUGCUCUCCUUCUUCGUGGUGGCCGUUGGAGGGACAGUCAUCGGGGUGAUCUGGGGAUUCGCCACGGGCAUGGUAACCCGAUACACCGACCAGGUGAGGGUCAUCGAGCCCAUCUUCAUCUUCGUCAUGGCCUACCUCGCCUACCUAAACGCCGAGAUAUUCCACAUGUCCGGCAUCAUGGCUAUAACUUUUUGCGGUAUAACUAUGAAGAACUACGUGGAAGCUAACAUCUCCCACAAAUCGCACACUACUAUUAAAUACACGAUGAAGAUGCUAAGCAGUUCUUCGGAGACCAUCAUCUUCAUGUUCCUCGGAGUAGCUACGGUCAGCGAUUCUCAUGAUUGGAACACUUGGUUCGUCAUCCUCACCAUCUUCUUCUGUUCCGUCUUCAGGGCCAUCGGUGUGAUUAUCUUGACGGCGGUGGUGAACAAGUUCCGGUUGUACAAACUGAACAAAGUGGACAAGUUCGUGAUGUCGUACGGAGGACUGCGCGGCGCCGUUGCCUUCGCCUUAGUCCUGCUGAUAGACCCCAGGAUCGUCCGCCUCCAGCCCAUGUUCGUCACCACCACCAUAGCGGUCAUCUACUUCACUGUCUUCUUCCAGGGAAUAACGAUCAAACCUCUUGUGAAAAUCCUAAAUGUCAAGCGAGGUGAAAAGAGGAAACCAACAAUGAAUGAAAGAAUACAUGAAAAAUUUAUGGACCAUGUAAUGACGGGCAUUGAAGACAUCUUAGGUCAUCAUGGCAACCAUCAUCUUAGGGAUAAGUUCAAGAGAUUCGACAAUAAAUUUAUAAGGCCUUAUUUAUUGAGGAAUCAUCAAGGAGCAGAACCCAAGAUUCUUGAAACAUAUUCUAAAUUAGCCAUGAGAGACGCAAUAGACUAUAUGAGAAGAAAUGCUUCUACAAUAGGAAAUAUAUCUGGUACAGAAAGCAUGUCUGCUAUCUUUAGGAACUACACUACAGGCAAUCUCAAUGGCAGUUACUCACAACUGGAUACCAGUACGUGGAACAUCGAUCUACAAGAACUAGAGUACAAUCCUUCCAGAAAAGAUCUGACUGAUGCCAAAAUACAUCACCUGCUUGCAGAAGAAUUAGUCCAGCCCUACAGAAGGCACAGGCGGUUAAGCUAUUCAAGGCAUGCAGUGAACGAUAGAGAUCUUUCAACUCAAGUUAACUAUAGAAUGCAUAUGAACAUAAGGAGAUUGGUUGGAGAUCAAAGGAGGCAUCAUCAUAAGAGAAGUAAACGUUUAAAAGAUGGUAAAAAUCAUGUCAGCUUCCCAGGAAUACAACAAAAUGGUUCAGCAAAACAGUUUAGUCAUGAUUACCUAGAAGAAGUAAUACAGGAAGCAGAAAAUGAGGAUGAAAAAAGGAAAAGAAAUGGAAGAGAUGACUGGGAGAGUGGAAUAACAUUCACUGCACAUCCAUCACGUCUUGAAGCAAAAAUUAUACCUAUAUAUCAGGACAAUAAUUUGAAUGCUUACUAA